CGAGAGCGGCAGCGCAACUGCACAAAUAUGGAGAGGAGAACAGGAAAGGCGUAGAGGGUACUACUAGAGCGGAGCAGAGUCAGAGAGAAGCUUUCCCUCCAAUUAAUCUUCUCUCGCUUUUUCUGGAGGGGACGCCUCCCGGCGAGCACACAGGCGAGGAGAUGUUUCCUGGUCUGAUCCACCACCACCACCAGCACGCCGCGGACGACGCGCCGCGCGGGCAUGGCGGCGGCAGCGCGCCCAGCCUGGUGCUCACGGCCGACCCCAAGCCCCGGCUCCGCUGGACGGCAGACCUCCACGACCGCUUCGUCGACGCCAUCGCCCAGCUCGGCGGGCCAGACAAAGCAACGCCAAAAACUAUCUUGAGGACAAUGGGUGUGAAAGGGCUCACUCUUUUUCAUUUGAAAAGUCAUCUCCAGAAAUACAGAUUGGGAAAGCAGUCUGGCAAGGAGAUUACUGAGCAAUCAAAAGAUGGUUCUUACCUUAUGGAAGCUCAAAGUGGAAUAAAUUUGUCUCCUAGAAUUCCUAUACCAGAUGUGGAAGAAAGUCAAGAAGUCAAAGAAGCACUCAGAGAACAAAUGGAAGUGCAACGAAGAUUGCAUGAACAAGUGAAGGUCCAGGAGUGUGUGAAGAUCCGAAGAGAAGCACAUCAGACCUACAUCGACAGCCUACUGGAGAAGGCAUGCAUGCUAGUAUCGGAACAACUAAGUGGCUUCAGCAUCUCUGACUAUGACCUGCCAGAUCUAGCAUCUGCUGGGUUCCAGAUCCCUUGAGCUCCUCCUCCCGCCGACUAUACCAGGCUGUGCAAACCUGGAACUGGCAAAGCCUAAUUGUCGUUAUGACCCCGGUAACUGUUUAGUGUUAGUUGAAGAACAAAGUUGGUCUAUCUCAGUAUGUCUAAAACUGACUUUUGUUAAUGUCCAAUACCUAGUAGACUUUCUUAAUGCUGUGUUAACAUGGAAUUCAGAAUUCCAACAUCCGAUUCAAUGCAUUUUGGUUAGCUGUGCCACUGCAAAGAUGGACUUAUCUGUGCAAAUUCCAGGCUCCGUUUGGAACACGUGAAUCUGUCGUCGAUGUCUUGUUGAGAAUGCAUGGAACUUGUUGGUGUCUUUCA